GACUAGGUUCUCGCGAUGUUUUGCUGCUGACGGAAUACAGCGAAGAUGUUUGGAGUUUUUUAAUAUAAAAUUAUUUAUUUAAAUAAAAAUGGCCGCCGUGGAGCGCGGAGCGGACAAACUGGAGGAGGGGCAAGAAGGUGAUGAAAGAGACCCCCAACCCUCAACCAAACAAAAAGACAGGUCACACAGCAAGACAAAAAAGUCUCGCAGGGAGCGUCGUCAUGGUGCCCAGGGGGCUGAGACGGCGGCCUCAACCAUACCGCCUGCGAUCAGUAAACAUCCUGAGGAGGAGAUGGAACCACAGAGCCAGAUGUUGGAGCCAGUGGCGGGACCCUCAGAGCAGGAGCCGGAGUCUGCAGCUGGUAGUGAGGCAGCAGGAUCUCCCAGACAGCGACGCUCCAUCAUUCGAGACCGCGGGCCAAUGUAUGAUGAUCCCUCCCUGCCUGAAGGCUGGACCCGCAAAUUGAAACAAAGAAAGUCUGGAAGGUCAGCAGGGAAGUUUGAUGUCUACCUGAUCAACUCUGAGGGAAAGGCAUUCCGGUCAAAGGUGGAACUUCUUGCCUACUUUGAGAAGAUUGGCGACACAAAGACUGAUCCCAAUGAUUUUGAUUUCACUGUUACUGGGCGUGGAAGUCCAUCUCGUCGGGAAAAGCGUCCUCCUAAAAAAACAAAAGUGGUGAAGCCAUCGGGACGAGGCCGAGGGAGGCCUAAAGGGAGUGGAAAAAUGCGUCAGGCCACUGAGGGUGUAGCCAUGAAGCGUGUGAUUGAGAAGACUCCUGGCAAACUGCUGGUUAAAAUGCCAUUUGGCAAGACCGAGUCCUCCUCUGGAACCACGUCAAAGGGGGUGUCUCCUAUAGCAGUGCCCAAAUCCCGGCCAGGCAGAAAGAGAAAAUCAGAACAGGAAGUUCCACCACCACCACCUCAGGCCACUCCCAAAAAACGAGGAAGGAAACCAGGAUCAACCUCUGUUGCAUCAUCAGUGACUUUGCCAUCCACCUCCUCGACCACAGUCUCUGGGAGCUCGGCGGUGGGGAGCUACACUGCUGCCGCCAUCUUGGCUGCUGAAGCUAGACGAAGAGCAACUAAGGAGUCUUCCACUAAACCUGUGGUUCAGGAAACUGCCCUGCCAAUCAAAAAACGCAAAACAAGAGAAACUGUGGAAGAGAUGGAAAGUGUUCAAGCUCCACUGGUUAUGACUGUUGAGACUGGGAGCACCAGCACAGCAGAGGAGAAGGGAGGCACAGUAGAGGGGGGUUCAAGAUCAGACCCAAAGCCAACAUCCUCUGUAGGAAGCCAGUCAGAGAAGCAACAAUCUGCUUUAGAUGAAAGCCAAUCUCCUCGACACAAGGCGCAUAAGUGCCUGAAGCACAAGGAAAAAAGAGAAAUGGGAGAUGGAGGAAGUAAAGGCAAGGAUGAUGCUGAAGAUGAAGGAGGGGGCGGAAGGAGUAGCAGCAGCAGCAGUAGCAUUAUCCCUGCAAAAAGCCACAAAAGGAAGGAACGACAACCUCAUAAACACCAUCGCCAUCAACAGCAUUCUGGUUCAUUAUUAGAUCAGCCACCUCCUCCUCUUCCAGAGUCUGAACCACCUUCCAGCCAACCCAGGCCUGAAGUCAAACCACAGACUGUGCCUCGUCUAACCCCCGAACCACACCAAAAGUCUGUGCCUCAGCCCCCUUCUGAACCUCUUCAACCCGUUUCUCAAUCACACCACCAGCCCGGUUCUUGCUCUCAUACCCAGUUACCCACUCUAUCCCAAGCCCAUGCUCUGCAAGUACACCAGUCAUCCCCCACGGGACAAAUAAUGGUUGAGACCUUGCCCCCACAACCCCCAGUCCAAACCCUCAGUCAACCACUGUCUACAAACCAGACAACCCAGUCACAGCCUACACUCUCCAAAGCCCAGCAUCAAAGCCAGCAUCAGACCCUGCUUGCGCCAACUCAGUCCUUUCCGACUCUGCAUGCUAAGCCGUCUCCAACCAGGCCUCCACAAUCACAGGCUCAGCACCCCACAGCACUCCAGCCUCAAAUCCAGCCUAGACAUUCGUCUCAUACCACAGCCCAAUUUAAACAGUCCCAAUAUCAAAUGCCCCAACUUCAGUCCCAGCCAAGAAUAUUGACACAACCUCAAUCACAAGCCCAAACAAAGAUCCCGACUCAAAUUCAGUCUCAAUCACAGGCAAGAAACCAGAGGCAACCACAGUCUGAAUUCCAAGGAAGAAUACCAUCACAGAUUCAAAGUCAACCCCAAACCAGGACACCUACACAAGGUCAAAGUCAACCUCAAACCAGGACACCAACACAAAGUCAAAGUCAACCUCAAACCAGGACACCGACACAAGGUCAAAGUCAACCUCAAACCAGGACACCGACACAAGGUCAAAGUGUCAAAGUCAACCUCAAACCAGGACCCCGACACAAGGUCAAAGUCAACCUCAAACCAGGACCCCGACACAAGGUCAAAGUCAACCGCAAACCAGGACACCGACACAAUUUCAAAGUCAACCUCAAACCAGGACACCAACACAAGGUCAAAGUCAACCCCAAACCAAUACACCACCACAGGGUCAAAGUCAACCUGAGACCAGGACACAAUCACAAAUUCACAGUCAAUCCCAAACUAGGACACCAACACAAGGUCAAAGUCAACCCCAAACCAAUACACCACCACAGGGUCAAAGUCAACCUGAGACCAGGACACAAUCACAAAUUCACAGUCAAUCCCAAACUAGGACACCAACACAAGGUCAAAGUCAACCCCAAACGAAAACACCAUCACAAAUUCAGAGCCAACUUCAGAGCAGAACGCCAACGCAAAUUCUGA